AUGUUUAGAAAUUCAUCAAUUCCUGGGGUUGUUGAACUUAAACAUGUUCCGAUUUCAAAUUUUGAUGAAAACGAAAAAGAAAGUGAAUGGAUUUAUACAGUUAAAAAAUACUGGAGCCCAAUUUUAUCAAUUUUAAUUUCAAUUUUCGGAGGAAUUGUCGUUGGCUUAAGCGCGAGAUCAAUGAUAGAAUCUUAUAUAUAUGGAUAUUUACUUGGAAUAGAGUCAAUUUUAUGCGCCAUUAUUUCAUUUUUUAUUUCAUGCACGAAAGAAAAGAGAGUAUUUCAAAGAUUUGUUUUAUAUUUUGCAAUUGCCGCAGUUUUCUCCCCAUUAUCUUGCUGGUUUGGAUUCAAAUUAGCAUAA